AUGUUCGCAUUUCUAGAUCGUCCAGAUUCUUCAACGGCUCCGUUUCGAAUAUCUCCACCAGUCGUCUUUUUCCAUGAUGGCAUCACAACGAGUGAAAUCGAUCUACGCAUUAUGGAUGCACAACGGCGUGCGCGUGCAAUCGCAACAGCUCCACGACGAAAUCGAUAUGAUGAUAAAGACGACGACGAUGAUGCUCAUAGUUCAAACAAAACGCUGUUCGGCUUUAGUAAAACACCGGCUGUUCCAAUUCUCCAUCAGCCUCUGCCUUCCCAGGCACAAUCCCUGCCUCAAACGCAAUCGGGUAUGAAUUUGAUACCAAGUCCCCCUGUUAUUCCACCAGCUCGAGAAGAUAGUGACGAACUCGAUUAUCUCUUCAGUAUUACGUCACGUCGAAAUCGAUGUUCGUCGGGACCAUUACCUUAA